GGACCGGCCGCUCCCGUUCGGUCCUCCAGUCCCGCCCCCCUCGCUUCCUAUUGGUCUGGACUAACAACCUGCACCUUCCGGCUCCUCUCUGGCCUCAACCUGAACCAAAGGCCCAAUUGGGAAAUGGGGGUUAGAAAGGGAGGAGUUCCAGGCGAGAAAACCAUAACAAACGCCAUGUUGAGAUCUGACAGAGUCACUCGAUUCAUCAGGACCUAAAUAUCAUCGGCCUUUGAAUGUGGAAGGAGAAAUGUUUGUCUGUUCUGUCUGUGGGAAAAGAUUUCAAAUGUCAGUGUGACUGGAAGAGCACCGAGACAUUCACCAAGUGAGAAUGUUCCAGCGAACUGACUGAAAGAGCCUUAACCAGUUACAUAGGCUGACAAAAGCAUCACACCAUUCACAGCGGGGAGAAACAGUACAUGUGUACUGUGUGUGGAUGAGGCUUCAACUGAUCAUCCAAGCUGGAGAGAGACAAGGACACCGGCACCAUGGAGACUCCGUGUAAUUGUGGGGACUGUGGGAUGGGAUUCAUUUCCCCAUUUGAGCUGGAGACUGAUCAACGUAGUCAGACUGGGGAGAGACCAUUCACCUGCUCUAUGCGUGGAUAUGGAUUUACUCAGUUAUCCAGUGCGUUGACAGACCAGCAAGUUUACACUGGGGAGAGGCCAUUCAGGUGCUCUGUGUUUGGAAAGGAAUUCGCUAACUUACCUGACCAGCUGGUGCAGGAGCAAGUUCAUACUGAGGAGAAGCCAUUCACCUGUUCUGUGUGUGGGAAGGGAUUCACUCAGUCAUCCCAUCUUACUGAACAUCAAUUUGUACAUGGUGAUCAGAGACCUUUUAAAUGUUCUGACUGUGAGAAGAGCUUUAAAAGCAAGAAGUAUCUGCGAAUACACCAGCGACUCCACACUGGGGAGAAAAUGUUCACCUGCUCAGAGUGUGGGAAGGGAUUCAUUCAGUCAUCUGACCUUCUCACACACCAGCGAGUUCACACAGGGGAGAGGCCGUUUACCUGCUCUGACUGUGGGAAGGGAUUCACUCAGUCAUACCACUUACUGACACACCAGCGAGUUCACACUGGGGAGAGGCCAUUUAUCUGCACCGAAUGUGGGAAGGGAUUCACUCAGUCAUCCCACCUUCUAACACACAAGCAAGUUCACACUGGGGAGAGGCCAUUCACCUGCUCUGAGUGUGGGAAGGGAUUCACUCAGUCAUACCAGCUUCUGAUGCAUCAGCGAGUUCACACUGGGGAGAGGCCGUUCACCUGCCCAGUAUGCGCAAAGGGAUUCACUCAGUCAUCUGACCUAUUGGUACAUCAGCGAGUUCACACUGGGGAGAGGCCAUUCACCUGCUCCGUAUGUGGGAAGAGAUUCACUCAGUCAUCCCACCUUCUGAAGCACCAGCAGGUUCAUACAGGGGUGAGGCCAUUCACCUGCUCCGUGUGUGGGAAGGGAUUCACUCAGUCUUCACACCUGCUGAGACAUCAGCGAGUUCACACUGGAGAGAGGCCAUUCAUCUGCCUUGUGUGUGGGAAGGGAUUCACACAGUCAUCCAACCUGCUGAUACACCAGCGAGUUCACAAGCGACUGCAGGAGUUGGAUUCUGUUGUUGCUGCUGUUAAUCACAACCAAGUGAACUUGCAGGUUAAUCCUGAGGUGUGUAAGAAAUGUGUCCCAGCUGCUCUCUCCCAUGGUUCAGAACCCCUAGGCACAGAACAGAAGGCUCCUUUACAACUGUGUUUAGAGUCAGGAAGAACAACGGUGAAUGCUGGAAACAUGCUGUCAGAUCAAAGAUUGGUGUAAAACUGUGAUCUGUUCCUGACUGAAAGUGAAACAGCUGGAUUAAGUUGAAAGCAAAUUCCCUGUGGAUGCUGGAAAUCUGAAAUAAACACAGACAAUGCCAUUAUCAGCACAUUCUUUAGCCCUUGCCUUUACCAGUAACACUACAUUUGUCUUGUUUCCAUGACAUCUUUGUCAAUCUCUCCUUAGUCCCACCUGUCCCUGAUCUUUUAUGUUGCUUUAUCCCCUCAUAAACAUUAUAAAACCCAUCACAUUUCUACUUCUCAUUAGCUCUGAAGAAGAGUCGUCCAGUCUCGAAACAUUAACUCUGUCUCUGUCAUCACAGAUCCUGCCAGACCUGCUGAGUUUUUCCAGCAUUUUCUGUUUUUCUGGCAGGUUUAAGUUUCCAGUCUGAAAAUGACUGGUAAUUAUGGUACGGAGGUUUAAAAUAUUCGUGUGACAUUCCUGAGGCCACCAUUGUAAGGCAAUAACAAGUUGCAUUUAUGUAGUUCCUUUGACACAGUAAAACAUCCAAAGGUGCUCACAGAUGAUCAAAAGCUUGAUUGAAAGGGAGAUUUUAAGGAGGAGAGAGGUUGAGGGAGGGAACUCCAAAGCUUGGGGUCUCGGCAGCUGAGAACAGCAUAGUCAGAUGGGGAGUGAUGAAACUGGGGGAUAGAAAGGGUCUGCCCCUUCCUCCUCCUCCCUGCUGUAUAAUGUUGUACAGGAUGAAGCACAUCACUAUUAUUCUAGAGCCCCCGGCUGUCGAGUUCUGAAGGUCACCUCCAGACCUACCCAGACACCUAGAAACACACCUUCAACAUUGUGAUGCUUCGCUUAAUAUCAUGUCUGGUGGUCAUGUGGCUCUGGCUGUGGCAUUCCCGGGCCUCAUUAGUGCAGUUCCUCACAUGAAGGGGGAAGUCCCUGGUCUCCAAUGAUCCAGGAGAUUAUCUGAGACUUUUGUAAACUCCCUUCACAGGAUAUUAGGAGAGGAUUGGAAGACAGGGAACUCAAAUCAAACAUCACAUGGAGAUCUCACAGAAUCACUUGGUUCAUCAGGACCUGAAUAUCAUCGGCCUUUGAAUAUGGAAGGAGAAACAUUUGUCUGUUCUCUCUUUGCAAACAUAUUUCAAGCACCAUUGUCGCCUGAAAAGCACCAAGACGCACACACACCCGAGUGAGAGUGUCCCAGUGCACUGACUGUGGAAAGAGCUUUAACCAGUUACACAGCCUGAAAAAACAUCACACCAUUCACAUGAGGAGAAACCGUACACGUGUUCUGGUGUAGAUAAUACUUUAACUUAUUGUCCAACUUAAAGAGACACGAGGACACCCACAUCCUGGAGAAACUGGGGAAAUAUGGGCUUUGUGGGAAGGGAUUCAAUUACCCCUCUGAAUUGGAUAUUGAUCAACACAGUCACGUUGGAGAGAGGUGUUCACCUUCUCUGAGUGUGGGAAGGGAUUAAUUCAGUCAGCCCACCUUUUACACACUGAUUACAGACCUUUCAAAUGUUUUGAAUGCGAGCAGCAAUUUAAAAAUAAAAAGAAUCUGCUGAGAUACCAGCACACUCAUGCCGGGAGAGGCCAUUCAUCAGCUCUGGGAGCGGCAAGGGAUUCACUAAUUCGUCCAACCUCUUGAGACACCAGCUUAUUCACUUUGAUAUGAAACUUGUAAAUGUCUGACUGUCAAGAGAGAUUUAAGUAUAGCACUGAUCUCAUGAGACAUAAACAGCUACACUGGAGAGAAGUCACUCAUCUGCUCCGAAUUGGGAAGGAAUUCACUUGGUCACAACACCUGCAGGGACCCCAACACACUCACACUGGGGAGCAACUGUACACCUACUCCAUGUAUCUGAAGGGAUGAUUUAUACAGUCAGCCCCCUGCAGAGACACCAGCGAGUUCACAAGUGACUGCAGGGGUUGGAUUGUUUUAUUGCUGUUAAACACAUCUAGGACUGAAUAUGUGGGUUAAUCCUGAGGUGUGUAAGAAAUGUGUCCCAGCUGCUCUCUUCCCUGGUUCAGAGCUCCUAGACACGGAACAGAAGGCUCCUUUGCAACUGGGUUUAGAGUCAGGAAGAACAAUGGUGAAUGCUGGAAACGUGCUGUCAAAUCAGAAAUUGGUGUAAAACUGUGAUCUGUUUCUGACUGAGAGUGAAACGGCAGGUUUAAGUUUCCAGUCUGGAAACAAUUGUGAUAAUUAUGGUACGAGGAUUUAAAAUGUUUGUGUGACAUUCCUGAGUCUACCAAUGUAAGGCAAUAACAAGAGGUUGCAUUUCUAUAUGGAACCUUUAACCUCUCUCACCUUCCAUUGACUUCAAUGUAAUGGAAACUAACAGUUGGAACCUGUCAACAUUUGAAAGAUAUUUACAGAUGAUUGGAGGGUUUCUUACAGUUGGGAUCUUUCUCUGUUCUGUCCACUCGAGGUGUUAGAUAACAGACUUUCUCCUGUGAAUAUCGAGCUGGAAUAUUGGGCUGUGACAUAUUUCUUGUUGACUCUUAAAUGUUGAAUCUUGUGGUUUCAGAUACCAGAUAAUCAAGCUCACAACAUCAGAUUGUCUUUUCCUGACUUUAUUAACAGCUCUGCAAUCAUACGGACAGAGUAAUUCCUUACAUGGUUCCGGUCCUCAGUGAAGUACUUAUAAAUGUUAUCAUUUAUAUAUUUCAGAGCCUAUAAUGUAUGAAUGGUGGAUUGGUCUGUAAUUUUAAUUUAAGUUUAAUUCAAUAUUCCUUCCUCUAAUAUCUCGUCCACUGCUUCCCUGUUACCUGCUGCAUUUGUUUGAUGAUUUUUGUUAUUACAGAUUGUCACAUAUUCCCAUGUUUUUAACUGGAUUAUAUUGUCUCUGUAUUAAAUUUUAUGAAUUUUCUUGCUGUAAGUUACAAUUCGGCCUUUGGGCUGUGAAUGUAUUUCUUGAAUAAAACACCAUUACAUU